AUGACCAAAUUUCUGGACGACUCAUUUUUCCGAGUCAUGAAGCAAGACAGCGAGCUGUCGUCACAUCCGAUUGUUUCUGACGUCAGUGAUCCUGUCCAAGUGACGUCAGCUUUUGAUGACAUUUCCUACUAUAAGGUUCAGUGUUCUCCCUUGUUUAGAUUGUCGCGACACACAAGGUUGAUAACCGCUGCUGUGCUAGAUAGCCAGUAGCCUUCCACUAUGACGUGGUUUCCCUCAUCCUCUCCUGCACCAAACCUCUCCUGCACCAAACCUCUCUUACACCAAACCUCUCCUACACCAAACCUCUCCUACACCAAACCUCUCUUACACCAAACCUCUCUUACACCAAACCUCUCCUACACCAAACCUCUCUUACACCAAAUCUCUCCUACACCAAACCUCUCCUACACCAAACCUCUCCUACACCAAACCUCCAUUACACCAAACCUCCCCUACACCAAACCUCUCCUACACCAAACCUAUCCUACACCAAACCUCUCUUACACCAAACCUCUCCUACACCAAACCUCUCCUGCACCAAACCUCUCCUACACCAAACCUCCUUCUUCUCCAUCAAACCUCCUCUCCUUCAACAAAUCUUCUCUUUUAUCUCUUAAAUUGAAAAAAAUAAAAGGCAAUUAAAAAAAAAAAGGAUAUGUGAAUUUGAUAAUAAAAAUAGCUAUAACAUGUCGUUGCAUGUGUAUUGAUUGUUCAAACUGACAUAUGAAAACCACCAGCGUGACCUUCUCGUGUAUGUUACUGUUCAGGCAUUCUCAAAUACUCCAUUAACCAGAUUAAAAUAUAUUAAAGUUAAAGUAAAAAUUACGUUACAGACAAGCUUGAAUUGCCUGUUGGAUUUUAAGAAACUUCAAGUUUAUUCAAUCAGCCACUUCUUUUCUUUCUUUCCAAACCUCAUUCCUCUAUCUUCACAGGGUGCCUCCGUCAUAAGAAUGCUGAACAACAUCAUGGGAGAUGAGAAAUUUUUUCAAGGAAUCUCGGUUAGUAUUGAAAGAUGCACAAUGAAAUUGUUUCAUUACGAGGUCACGUCUUACAGAACUAUGUAUAUCAAUGACAAUUCAAGGUUAAAUCACUCAAUAGACCCCCACUGGCCAAAGGGGUUUGUGAUGUUCAUUUAAAAAAAAAAAAAGAGAUCUGCUAAGUACGAUUUUUAACUUUAAAGGUGAAAUCUAUAAUAAUGGUAGAAAUUAUUGUACUCUGACUCUGCACAACUUUGAGCAAAAUUCGUUUGAUUUUGAUUCUGCAUCUUUUUAAAUCUUAUGUUUACGAAUUGGUUAAGUUAAGAUCAAAGAAGUCUUUCAUCUAAUAAUAGAGUAACGUUACUUCCUCUUUUCCCCAAAGGCGUAUUUAAAGAAAUUCCAAUGGGCCAAUGCAAAAACAGAUGAUCUCUGGCAAACAUUAUCACAGGUCAGCAACAAUUAUUACCAGCAGUAUUUGAACCAUAUUGCAUGAAAUUACCGUUAAUUUGGUUAGAAACAAAUAUGUAACUUUCAAUAAUUGAACUACUUUUCAAAAUUAACAUAUUUUUAGCUAAAAGUUAUAAUUUAACAAAAAAAACACUAAAAAAUGUGCAAUGAGUUUUGAUAUUUCCCUGUUUAAAAUUAUCAGUGUUAUGUAACUUUUUAAAUUUACUUUGAAAAGUCAGGCUUGCUUGGUCAUUAGCACACCAUUUAACAUGCCUAUAAAUAUUUAUAGUUAAUGACUUCGCCCCAUAAAUGAUUGAAAUAUAAUUACCCCCCCCCCCCCCCCCCCCCCNUGUAUGUAUGUAUGUAUGUAUGUAUGUAUGUAUGUAUGUAUGUAUGUAUGUAUGUAUGUAUGUAUGUAUGUAUGUAUGUAUGUAUGUAUGUAUGUAUGUAUGUAUGUAUGUAUGUAUGUAUGUAUGUAUGUAUGUAUGUAUGUAUGUAUGUAUGUAUGUAUGUAUGUAUGUAUGUAUGUAUGUAUGUAUGUAUGUAUGUAUGUAUGUAUGUAUGUAUGUAUGUAUGUAUGUAUGUAUGUAUGUAUGUAUGUAUGUAUGUAUGUAUGUAUGUAUGUAUGUAUGUAUGUAUGUAUGUAUGUAUGUAUGUAUGUAUGUAUGUAUGUAUGUAUGUAUGUAUGUAUGUAUGUAUGUAUGUAUGUAUGUAUGUAUGUAUGUAUGUAUGUAUGUAUGUAUGUAUGUAUGUAUGUAUGUAUGUAUGUAUGUAUGUAUGUAUGUAUGUAUGUAUGUAUGUAUGUAUGUAUGUAUGUAUGUAUGUAUGUAUGUAUGUAUGUAUGUAUGUAUGUAUGUAUGUAUGUAUGUAUGUAUGUAUGUAUGUAUGUAUGUGUGUAUGUAUGUAUAUAUGUAUGUAUGUAUGUAUGUAUGUAUGUAUGUAUGUAUGUAUGUAUGUAUGAAUGUAUGUAUGUAUGUAUGUAGUAAGUAUGUGUGUAUGUGUUUCUGGGUGUAUGGGUGGAUGGUUGAUGGGUUGAUUGAUGGAUGGGUUGAUGGAUAGAUGGACUACGGAUGGAACAGUGGACUCAUGAUUCGCAAGAAGGUAGGAAUAGUGGAUGGAGUGGAGAAUUAUUUCCUUAAAGUGAAUACGUAACUUAGGUUCGUGCACGAUUUUAGGACGAUGUUAACAACGAGUCGUCAGUGUGUCAGUUGCUCUGGUCUUGAUCUGUACGGGUAUUGAAUGUGAUCUUUACGGGUAUUGAAUGUGAUGUGUACGGGUAUUGAAUGUGAACUGUACGGGUUUUGAUUUUGAUCUGUACGGGUAUUGAUUGUGAUCUUUACGGGUAUUGAUUGUGAUCUUUACGGGUAUUGAAUGUGAUCUGUACGGGUAUUGAAUGUGAUCUGUAUGGGUAUUGAAUGUGAUCUGUACGGGUAUUGAAUGUGAUCUGUACGGGUAUUGAAUGUGAUCUGUACGGGUAUUGAAUGUGAUCUGUACGGGUAUUGAAUGUGAUCUGUACGGCUAUUGAAUGUGAUCUGUACGGGUAUUGAAUGUGAUCUGUACGGCUAUUGAAUGUGAUCUGUACGGGUAUUGAAUGUGAUCUGUACGGGUAUUGAAUGUGAUCUGUACGGGUAUUGAAUGUGAUCUGUACGGGUAUUGAAAGUGAUAUUUGAAUUUGUGGGUAUUGCAUGGGUUAAGGAUGAGUUUUGAAUUUAAUAUUUCUGAGUAUGAAUGCUCUAUGUUCGGUAGUUGAACUCUUCGUUACUGAUGUGUUCACAAAGACAGAAUUUUAGUGCUUUUUUUAAAGACUUCUUUUAAAAAAAGUAAAGUAAACUAUAAAUUAACAAAGUACCUUAAAUGUUUUAAAACGUACAUCUGAUCAAAGUUAGUUUAGUUAAAUCGUGUGUUAGAAACAACGCACUAAGAAAACAGGACAGCCAAGAGACGGUGUUAUGACGUCGUUACCUGUUUUGUUUACAACCACAUCUCUUUGUUUCAUUUCACCAGCUACAAGUGGUACGUCGUGCUCAACUAUCAAACAUCAAGUGGAAAAAACGGAACGAAAACAAUGGAUAUGAAUAACAGUAGGUUAGAUGUUGUGACAUGGGAUAACAGUAGGUUAGAUGUUAUGACAUGGGUAACAGUAGGUUAGAUGUUGUGACAUGGGAUAACAGUAGGUUAGAUGUUGUGACAUGGGAUAACAGUUGGUUAGAUGUUGUGACAUGGGAUAACAGUAGGUUAGAUGUUGUGAUAUGGGAUAACAGUAGGUUAGAUGUUGUGACAUGGGAUAACAGUAGGUUAGAUGUUGUGAUAUGGGAUAACAGUAGGUUAGAUGUUGUGAUAUGGGAUAACAGUAGGUUAGAUGUUGUGAUAUGGGAUAACAGUAGGUUAGAUGUUGUGAUAUGGGAUAACAGUAGGUUAGAUGUUGUGACAUGGGAUAACAGUAGGUUAGAUGUUGUGAUAUGGGAUAACAGUAGGUUAGAUGUUGUGACAUGGGAUAACAGUAGGUUAGAUGUUGUGAUAUGGGAUAACAGUAGGUUAGAUGUUGUGACAUGGGAUAACAGUAGGUUAGAUGUUGUGACAUGGGAUAACAGUAGGUUAGAUGUUGUGAUAUGGGAUAACAGUAGGUUAGAUGUUGUGACAUGGGGCAAUAUUAGGGUAGAUGUUGUGACAUGGGGCAACAUUAGGUUAGAUGUGACAUGGGGUAACAGUGGGUUAGAUGUUGUGACAUGGGAUAAUAUUACCUUAGAUUUUGUGACAUGGGGUAACAUUAGGUUAGAUGUUGUGACAUGGGGCAACAUUAGGUUAGAUGUGAAAUGGGGUAACAGUUGGUUGGAGGGCGUGACAUGGGGUAAUAUUAGGUUAGAUGUUGUGAUAUGGGAUAAUAUUACCUUAGAUGUUGUGACAUGGGAUAAUAUUACCUUAGAUGUUGUGACAUGGGAUAAUAUUACCUUACAUGUUGUGACAUGGGAUAAUAUUACCUUAGAUGUUGUGACAUGGGAUAAUAUUACCUUAGAUGUUGUGACAUGGGAUAAUAUUACCUUAGAUGUUGUGACAUGCCAUAAUAUUACCUUAGAUGUUGUGAAAUAAACACUAGUUUAUAUGUUGUGACAUGGAGUAAAAGUAGAUUAGAUGUUAUGACACAGGGUAUUAGUAGAUUAUAUGUUGUGACAUGGUGUAACAGUAGGUUAGAUGUUGUGAAUGGAAUAACAGUAGGUUAGAUGUUAUGACAUGGGAUAACAGUAGGUGGGAUGUUGUAACAUGGCAGAGUCGUCAUCUGGGUAGGGCAGGGAGAGGGAAGUUUCCCCUCUUCCCUUUGAAUUUUCAAGAUUGCUUCCCCUCUAGAUAUCAGUAUGUGGGAAAACAUAAAAUCAAAUGUUGCCGAAAAGAAAUAAGUUUUAAAAAAAAAGAUCUCAAUUAACGUGAAUACUACCAAAAAAACACAAAAUAUUGCAAUUCUUAUUUAAAUUGAUAUUUACUACUAAGGCGCCUGCAGGAAUAAACAACCCAACAAGCCGGUCAGGUUUUGGUUUUGCCCCCCCCCCCCCUANAACUCAACAAGCCGGUCAGGUUUUGGUUUUGCCCCCCCCCCCUACCCAUUGAAAAAACUAAAAUACCCCCCCCCCCUCACGCCCCAGUAACGGUAAUCAAAAAUAGGGAAUAUAUCAUAAAAUAUUUAAAGAAUUAAUGGACAUUUUACACAAUGAAGGCCUCUGGAAUUGUUUUAACUCGCAUCCCUGUCAUUAAAUCAUAGUUCUUAACAGUGAUAAUUUCCCCGUUUAUGACGUCAUUUUGUCGUCUGAAUUCGUUAUCCAAGUAACGUUUGACGAGGACCUAGAUCUGGACCCUCAAGGUGAAGGUUGGGUCAAGUUUAAUGCUGGUCAGAUGGGAUACUACACUGUACUCUAUCCUGAUGAGAUGUGGAGGAGGUUUGCCCGAUAUCUACAACACAAUCCCUAUGAAGUAAGCAAUUGAUUGAGAACACUGGACUUUUUUUUUAACGUUUUCCUGAACACCACAAAUGAAAAUUAUUGAUUUCUUUUCAACCGCAUUAACAACAAAGAACCUUAACGUUUUUUAAAUAUAUAAUAUAUAUAUAUAUAUAUAAUAAAGUUCAUUUCAAAAACACGCUUCAUCCCCAAAGGCUCGAAGCGCGGUACAAAGUCAACAAAAAACAAAUCUAUAAUUUACCACAUUUAAAACAAACGCAACACUACAAAAACUAAUUAAAAUCAUAUAUACAUAAGAUGUCCACAUACACCUCGCAAAUCUCCUUAUAAAUCUAGAUUUAAAACUAUAGAUAUAAGAUGUCUACAUGCAGGGUGGCCCCCCCCCCCCCCCCCCCAAAAAAGUGAGAACAUCUCAUAGCAAAUGGUUAUUUAAUGUAAUUGAAAUAAUAUAAUGUUUAGUCAUUUAUGGCCACCGGAAAUUGUCAUGAUAAUGGCAUCAUAUAAUUAUAUAGGUGCAUAAAAAAUCAGUAAAUGCAUACAGUUAACAAUGAAUGUUGAUCUAACUCUAUUACACUGUAAGAGAUGUUAUCACUUUUUGGGCCACGCUGUAGGCAGCGCAAAACUCCUUAUAGAUCUGGAUUUAAAAUUAUACAUAUAUACAUACAUAUAUUAUUUUAUAAAUAUAUAAGAUGUCCCCAUUGCCAUCGCAAAACUCCUUGCCCAGAGAUCGCAUUCCUCUGUUCGUUGUUUUCCUUUAUAAAAUAGCUUAUAGAUCUAGAUUUAAAACUUACAUACAAGAUGUCCUCAUAGUCAUAGCGAAACUCCUUAUACAUCUAGAUUUAAAACUAUAUUUAAAUAUAUAUAUAUAUAUAAGAUGUCCUUACAGUGCAGACAUCCCACAUCUCCUUUCAGAUGUACAUUUAAAACUGUCCUCGUCUCACCUACAGAACUGGACGCUCUCAGCUGCUGAUAGGUCCGGCCUGCUGAAUGACGCUUUCAGCUUGGCCGCGUCCGGGAAAGUUUCCUACACGAUUCCGUUAGAAAUGCUGUCCUACUUGGAGAAGGAGCGCCACCUGAUUCCCUGGGGAACGGCUCUACAGAGUGGUACAAGUUAUAUCAACAACAUGCUGAAAAGAUUCCCAGAAUACGGGGCAUGGCGUGUAGGCACACUGAGUUAGAGUUAUAUCUAUAAUAUAAUGUCUGUUGGCACUGCAGUUUUCAAACACAUUUCUUCUACAGUUCUAACAAAUCUGCCGGCCCCAUCUCUUCAUUUAGUUUCCUGGAGUGGAGAAUAUUAAAUUUUCAAAAAAACGUUAACGUACCACUCCAACCCUUUUUGGGAAUUCCUCCAUCCUGGGCUGACACAUUGCUCUCAACGAGUUGGAUUAUCCUUAAGGCAAAGUGGGUGACUUGCCCAUGGCCUUAAUCGGAACAGUGUUAGAUUUCCAUCGUGGCUUUAUCGAAUGCAUUAUGGUAUAACAUUAUUGCUCAGAGAUCGCAUUCCUCUGUACUAAGUUUUCCUUUAUAAAAAUAGUUAGCUUUUACAGUAUCUAAAAACAAGAAAUGCAUUUCUACAUAUGUUGUUGUUCUCCAGAAAUACAUGGAUAACAUUUUGUCACCUACCAUUGCAAGACUGGGAUUUAAGGAUGAGGGAAGUAACUCGGAUAGGUAAAAUAUAUUACCGCUUUGGUAGCACAAUUGUUGUUGUUUCGUUAUUUUUUAUUUUGUUUACGAGAAGAGAGUCAGAGGCUAAAAGACCCCCCUUGUCUCCCGUUUCUCAGCUUAAUAAAGCCUUUAUAAAUAUAUAUGUAUGUAUAUAUAUAUAUAUAUAUAUAUAUAUAUAUAUAUAUAUAUAUAUAUAUAUAUAUAUAUAUAUAUAUAAUGUCAGUGGCGUAGCAAGGAGGGUGCGGGGGAGCAGACCGCACCGGGUGACACCAUCCCAGGGGGUGACACCAAAUGGAAAAAAAUGCAUAUUUACAGAACACAAACUGAUCGGUCUAAUCGAAUUUCAUAAAAGGAUAAGCGAUCACAUGUAAAUUUUUCACACACGUAACUAAUCCACGUGCGUGCUUUAUUAAAAGUUCAAGGUUGUAGGGGUUGACCCUAUAAUUAGGUCAGAAAAACACCGUUUUGACCAUGACUGAAGUGUUCGGUAACUAUCGUAAGUGACAGGAAGCUUUAUUUAUCUAAAUUUUGAGAAAUAUAUCUUUCCAUAGAUACCAAAUACAAUGUGGUCGAGCGAUUCUCAGUACAUGAAUCGAAUCGGUAAAAAUUAUACACUUACAAAAAUUACACUUUACCCAUUUAGAGAGUUAACAAAAUAAUAUUCUACUACAUUUUCUAAUAUCUUCUAUUUAAAUUCAAAAAAAUGUUUUUUGAAUCAAAAUAUAUUAAGACUAAGAAGUAUUCGAAAAUAAAUAUUUUUCGCCGAUUCGCCACUAGCACCGCCCCUUAACAUUUGAGCACUAUAAUCAUACAGCACAAGGUCUUUUACGUGCUGUCUGUGAUUUCACGUUUAUCUGCUACAUUUCCAUUUGGGAUUAUCUACUUAAGGAAGUUAAUCUUAUACAGCAGUAUAUGCAGAGCAAAGGCUUUACUCUUGACAAAGUGGUGACCAACCUAGAGGCCACAAUAUUGUUUCUCCACGAGAAGCGCUGUAACUUGGCGGAACGUGCUAUUGAAAAGGCACUUUUAAAAUAAGACAAGUAUGGGAUUUCUGUAGAAAAAAGAUUAAGGUUUAAGAAGAGAAUGGCAGGAGAACAGUUAAUAGAUGCUGGACUCUCUCUGCCUGAAGAAAACAGUAUGGAGAAGCUGGAGUGUAUUGAUAGCUUUCAUCCGGAACCCCAGACCAGAUCAUCUACGAUCAAGAAAGUAGCAGAUAUGUUUUGGGCUUUUCAACCCAAGAGUCUACAAUCAGAAAGUGAAUAAGACUUAUUGAUUUCCGUCCAAAAUUAACAUCUUUCUAUGUUAAAUUAUCAGACGAUGAGCUUCUAAAAGAAAUAUUAAGGCUUAGAAGACACCUAAAGGCAGCUGAUAUUGAAUUUCACAAAGUCAUGGACUGGUCAGUAUUUGAUGUCUUUAUAUUCAUAGCUGAAUGAGACUUCCUAGAAUCUCUUCCAGUACUCUCGCUAAGCCUUCAAUUGUUUCUUACGAUCUGUGUGUAUGUGGCUUCAUGUGAUCAGAGCUUUUCAAAAUAAAGGCUUUAUUAUCAAGAAGUAUUUACGAUCCUCCAUGGGACAGUCAAGGCUUUUUGAUCUGGCUCUAAUAUUAAUUAAAAUAGAUAAUGUGAAGGAUAUUGAUUUUGCUCAAGUGAUUGACAGGUUUGCAGCUUUGAAAACCAGGAAAGGAAAUUUGUUUAAUGACGUAAAUUUAAUGCACAAAAUAAUGAUAACGUUAUAGUUCUUAAAUACAUUGACCUUUGACCUCCUGAACUUCAAUUAUUUUUGUUUUUGUUUAUUUUCCUUGUUAUAUAGUGGACUCAUUUUAACAAGGAGAAAUACAUCGUGGAAGUCGGAAAAGGGGGGGGGGAUGACACCAUGAAUUUACCGCACUGGGUGACACCAACCCUAGCUACGCCACUGUAUAAUAUGUACAUUUAUUCUAUGACUAUUGCAAUUACAAUCUCAGAUUAAAACGCGUGUCUAACGAUAUCUUCCAAAAAUACAUGAAUUUACUUUUGGGACUUCCUCAGAAUUUUGCGAUCAAGAAUCUUGGGGUAUUCCUGUAGUCUCCAGAAUGCUGACACAUUGGAACAUGUCAUACACAUGUUCCGUGGCUGGUUGGAUAAUGGCACAGUGUAAGUAGGAACAUUAGAGUAUCAGAUAAAUAUGACAUAAAGUUUAAGAUAUUGCCAGAUUUAUUUCACUCUGUUUUUUUUUUUUAAAUAGAUAUUUCAAAUUACAAUACUGAAGUUAAUUCGCACAUUGUUCUUGGCCCAUCCACAACUACUUCAUAAUGUUGCAUGACAGCGAUGGCAUCUUUCAAGCGAAAUAAACAAAGUUCAAUAUGUUUAAAGCUGAAGAGUUUGAAAGCUAUCAAUUCAAUACAUUGAAUAUCUCUUUGAGAUCUGCUGUAUAAUGCACUAGCAUUUUUAACUUUUCUUGUGCUUUAGAUUUUACUUGCAAGAUUUUUUAAAAGCUUAGACCGCACCAAGCAACUUCUAUAUUAAUUAUUGAUAAACCUCUAAAAUGAAACUGUAGCCUGGUGGCCUAGUGUUUAUAAAAUGUGGCCCGUGUUGCCCGGCUUUUGUUCUUGAGAUGCUUUCCGCCCUACGAUAUCAGUAGCAGUAAAAGUAAAAUAAGUGUAGAAUUGGUAGAUGCAAAUGAGAUUGGCGGUAUCCUUGUUUGGGUUCUAUAUAUACCGGUAUUUUGUUAUUCGGCCUGUUUUGUUAUAUUGUUCCACUGUAACUUUGCUGAUUAAUUAUAAACCAAUGUUCAGGAAAAUUCAUCUCCUGUUUAGGAAAGCUCAUCUAAUAUUUAGGAAAGUUCAUAUAAUGUUUGAAAAGGUUCAAUAGUGCUACUCAAAGCGGCGAUACUUUCUGUCAGCAUAUCCCUUGUCUCUAGAUGUACUCUCUGUCAUGAGCUUAUCUGCUGCCUUUAACGGCGUACUUUCUGUUAGCCUAUCUGCUGUCUCUAUGCGUACUUUCUGUUAGCCUAUCUGCUGUCUCUAGGCGUACUUUCUGUCAGCCUAUCUGCUGUCUCUAGGCGUACUUUCUGUCCACUGUCCCAUUUCCUUUCUUAUCCCUUUUUGGUGUGGGUUUGGAUGCGGUGGGAAUCUCCCAACCUUCUUUCGCAACAACGCAUGAUUGCUUGUAACUACAGUUACUACAAUGAAAUUGCAAGACACUUACGAUUAAGUUAAAAUCUAACGUAACUAUCAAUUGCAACAUUUAGGGUUCCAGGAAACCUUAGGGCUAUGGUGUAUCAGUUCGGAAUGCGUUUUGGUGGAACGGACGACGAUUGGUAUUUGAUAUGGAACAAAUAUUUGACCGAGUCAUCGCCACAGGAGAAGAACCUGCUGCUGAACGCUUUGACCGACGUCAGAGAACUCCAUUUGAUCGCCAAGUAAGUUUUAGCCAGAUAUCUAACGGUAGUCAGGGGAACGUUAUAGAACGUUUUAGCUGAAAAAGUUACCAAGACAUUUGGGUCAAGCGGUAGUCUGUACGCUGAAGCACUUGCUUUAGCUAUAUAGGCCUACAUUUUCCGCAAUCCGCCUAUUUGAUUGAAGCGAUGGGAUGGUCGUCAUCUUCAUGGGUUCUAAUUGCCCCUCUCUAUAUAUAUAUAUAAUAGUGAGACAGUGAACCCAAAAGAAUUAUUCGAUCAAGAAAAUUUGUUAAAUAUUUCAAUUAAUUUUUUUUUUUAAAGCCAAUAAUGACAUAUUUUGUUGUUAACAGAAAAUUAAGUAUUUUUUAGAUACAAAGCAAAUACAUUAUAUAAUUCAUGAUAAUGUUUAAUUCCGCACUAAGCAUAUUACAAUGCUCCCCCAGCCUUUAAUCUCCCCAUAUGAAAUACAAUUUUGUUGCAUGAACUCAUCAACACAGUAUUUUUAAGUUUGUUCACAUCGUGAUCGCGCAACAAUGUAAUGUCUGUGGUUAGAUGCAUGACUGAAGGAAUAAUAAUACAAUUUUCAUAAAACAUUCUUCCAAAUUUACGGGGAAGUUAACAUUACUGAGUUCAAAGUGUGAUUCAGGAAGCACUUGGGCAUAGUUUUCAGAUUGUGAAUGUGAUUCGUUAACCUUGGAUGGUAACUCAUCAAAGAGAAGGCGACUCUCACAGGGGGGGGGGGGGGGGGGGGGGAGGAGGAUGAUUUUGGAGAUUCAGCGUUAGGGUGCGCGUGGCUGGGGUGCGGAUUCUCGGAAGAAUGUGUACGAACAUGUUUGCACAUAUUGUGAAAUAAUUAUCCUGAAAUUCUGACAGUCAAAAAUAUUCCAAUAAAGCUAUGUCAAAAAAUACGUGAAAUCCAUGUUUUAAAUCUUUUCGUAGACCAUGAAUAUAUCGCAGCAAAGUUUGGUAAUUAUCGGCACAUUUAUGCUUUUUGCUCUCACUACUUUUUCACAACUCGCUAAACACAGCAACAGAAAUAUUUAUCCUUGUCAAAACUUACAGUUCACCGCUAGCCUUUGUUUCCAUGCGUGUGACGUAUUUUGUGACGUCAUUAUUUUAUUCGCCUGAAAUAAGAUUGUACUCCAAACAUACAGCAGAAAAAAAAAACGAUAUAAUUCUAACACGAUAUUUUGGGACUCCCUUUUAUUGUCUUGUUUGUCAUAACUGUUUAUAAAUGAAUUAAAACAUGUGCACACAAAAAAAAGGGGGGGGGGGAGGGGGGUAAAAUGCUUAUUUGUGCGUACACAUUGGGAAUCUUCAAAAAUGUAGGAGUGCAACAAGGAUAAUAAUACUUUUUAUAAACACAGCAACAGAAAUAUUUAUCCUUGUCAAAACUUAUAGUUCACCGCUAGCCUUUGUUUCCAUGCGUGUGACGUAUUUUGUGACGUCAUUAUUUUAUUCGCCUGAAAUAAGAUUGUACUCCAAACAUACAGCAGAAAAAAAAAAACGAUAUAAUUCUAACACGAUAUUUUGGGACUCCCUUUUAUUGUCUUGUUUGUCAUAACUGUUUAUAAAUGAAUUAAAACAUGUGCACACAAAAAAAAAGGGGGGGGGGAGGGGGGUAAAAUGCUUAUUUGUGCGUACACAUUGGGAAUCUUCAAUAAUGUAGGAGUGCAACAAGGAUAAUAAUACUUUUUUGCGUAUGUAUUAUAUGGAAGGCCUCCUCCCUCUUACAACAGUUUUUAAUUUUAAUGUCGCAAACUGAAAACACUGAUGCGUAUUUAUACUGUGCUCUUGUGUCAAACUGAAAUGUAUUUUUUGUUUAGUACAAAAUUUCUUAAAUAUUUCCUUCAAAAUUUACAGACUUCUCGAAUACGCCAAACUAGAAAUCGGCAUCAGGAGACAAGAUUUCUUCACUGUCCUAAGGUCAGUUGGGUCAAACAGUGCCGCUUUGAGCAUGUUGUGGGACUGGACAAGGGAAAACUACCAGGAUUUUAUUGACAGGUGAGCUAGUCACAUUUUGAAAUUAAUUUACAGUAAGUAUAUUAUUUCGUUUAACAUUUGAAAUGCCCCUUUUUUUUGGCAGCGAAAUUUGAUUUGAAGACAUUAUUGUGUACAUGUUGAGUGAUUUAUAUUAAAUAUUAAAGUAACAACUGAUAGUUCAUAUUAUAUGAUGACCUGAGGUGAUUUCAUUAAAUUAAAUUAUUUUAUUUUAUCUUUAAAUAAUAAGUAAUUGAGCCAUUGGACUCGCGUCACUGGCUUCAGAAAAAAAAUUCAUUCAGCGAUCAGCCCUAAAAAAGUUGUUAUAUCAGAAGGAAUGAGUUGCUUCAAAUAUGAAGGAAUAUGGCUGUAAAUAAAUGAAAUCUGAAAUAGUAUGUGUUUAAUUCUCCAUGUGCACUGGUUUAAAAUUAUAAAAAAACAACAAACAAAUAGUAGCACAAAACCAGAAUUCAAAUGAUAGGAUAGGUUUUAAAAAUGGUGUCGUAUCUUGAACCCCGUAGUUGGAAUAGAAAGAUGACUGUAACUGUUGCACGAACAUUCGUCCUUCAAGUUUGUAUGUUCUUUGUCUAUGGUCAACUUUCAAAGUGUUUAAAAGAUUCAAUAAAGCUGUAGUCAUAAUGCUUUAAUAAAUGGUACAAUAAAGUAUAUCGAUUAUGCCUUAUUGCAUUAAUGGCUUCGAUAUAACCAAAUACUAAUGUAGUAAAGCCAAAACAUAUUUUGGAUGAGACAACGUUACGUCCACAUGGGCUGUACACUAAAUCAAAGCAGCAAUAGAUCUCAAUAGACAGACCAUGCACAGCAAUAGUCACUUUUAAUAUAGUCCGUAAAGACCAUUGCAAUCACGUGGUAGGCCUAAAUAUCCAACAAAAUUUAAUAAAUACAAUCAUAGUAAAAUUAAUAACGUAUGCUAAUUACCUCUGUCUAAUUAAUUACUCUAGAAUCUAUAGCUUAGUCGAUAAUGUAAAUAAAAUCAUAUAAUAAUAUGUAUAAACCUUAGUGUUAACACCCCUGUAGGGCUUUCGGGGUCACUAUGACGUAUUGUGCAGCGGUGUAUCAACGGUCGUUUAGCAAGGGUGUGGCAUUGUGCAGCAGCUCAGAUCCGUUCAAUGCACAACCCACUUUUAUGUCUGUAUUGAAAGACUGAUAUGUAGAUGUUCAUGUGUUUAUAUGUAAAGUAUCGUGUGUUAUAUAAAUUAUUUCAUUUCUCGUUCUUUCCCUAUCCUUAACAGGUUCACUAUAGAGGACUCUUACUUUGGAACUAUGCUAUACUAUAUUGUAAGGAAUUACAACACCGAGCUUCAGCUACAAGAGGUGAGUGGCCAUUCAGUAAAAUGUUUCAAUCUUUGUCGACAGCAAUUCAUUUAUAUACAUUCCGUUUGCGCCGAGCGGUCCCUGAUAACAUCCACAAAAGUCAAUUUCUUUCUAUUGUUUUCUUCUUUUCGAUGAUUGGUAUCACUCCAGAUUGCAGUCUGAUAUUUUAAAUGGAGAUUCUCUUUGGUGAGGAGAUUAUGUGGCAGUCUAUGGGACACUUUGUAGAUAUUUGGCCUGAAAAACCUCCAGUUCUCAUCUCGAUGUCUUCCUUUUCACAUGAUGAUGUCUCCAAGUUCCCAUCACGAUGUCUUCCAGUUCUCAUCAUGAUGUCUCCAGGUCCCAUCAUGAUGUCUCCCAAUUCCCAUCAGGGCCGUCUAAACAACAUAGGAGGCUAUGGGCACAGCAAUGCACUGGGCCCCCCUAGCAACACUACAUACCUUGGCCGUGAGAAGGGGGGCGAAAGGGGGGCACUCGCCCCAUGCUAAAGCAGUGGGGAGGGGGCAAACAGUUCCUGCUCCCCAACAACUGACCAAGAGGAGACAAAUGUAAAAUAAAAAUAAACAUUCAAUAAAGUUAAACUUCGAUGAAUUCAAUUUAUUGAUACAAAAAACAAAAUCAUUCAAAAUCAAUAAUAGUUUUAAAACGUUAUCAGAAAUAAGCUCUAAAUAAUCACAGAGAAUGAUAAAUAAUUAUUAUUGGCAGAGAGAUAGAAUAAAUUAAUUAAUAUAAAUCAAUAAAAUCGUUUGCGUAAUUUUUUUGCAGAGAAUUGUUUUAUUAUUGAUUUAAAGUCAAUGGUCUUUCUCAUAAGGACGUCAUUUUCCAUGCAUAUGAUUAAAAGACAGUUCAAACGUUUUUAUCACAUUGUACUGCGACGCUGAUUGUUGCCUAUUUUUUUUUUCGCCGUUUCAUAUAUGGGGAAAGUAAAACUAGUUGACGAGAGUUAUUCCCCUUUAAAAUUUAAAAAAAAUUGUCUAACUUUGAUUCGCAUUUAUAAUAUUAAUUUUGGAAUGUUCUGAUAUAUAUCGUGGGUUAAAAUUGGGGAAUUGGGAAUUUUAAAUACAAUUAAAUUGUCAAAAUAGUUCAAUAUUAAUUUUAAAAAAUAUGUUAAGCAUGAUGCCUCUAUAAGAGUGGGUCUCUUAGAAACGAGGGGGGGCCUACAAGAGCGGGGCCCUGGGCUAGUGUCCACUAGGCCCAUGCCUGAAAACGGAACUGGUUCGCAUCACGAUGUCCUCCAGCACGUUGAUCGUGUAGGAGAAAAUUCAAAACAUUACUUUAAAUAUCCUGUAAAUUAAAAUUGUUGUUUAGUUCGAAUGACCUCCAAUAUCUUUGUGUUGAUAGCAUUGUCACCGUCCACAUAACUCGCCAUCUGCUGCAUUACGUCACAGAACAUCGUUUUAUCGAGUGAAAAGAGACUGGUGCCCUGCGCAUGUUUAGAAUCAGACAGAGCCUGAAAGCAGUGGCGUAGAUUAGAGGGUGCGGGGAUCGGACCCCACAAGGUGACACCAACUCUAGCUACGCCAUUUCCUGAAAGCAACAUUCCCACGUUUGGAUCGUUAUUUACUCGUAACAGUUGGUUAAUUUUAUUAUUAUUAUUUUUUUUUACAAUUCUAUUCCGUAUGGUAGCAAUUUGGUAACUAAUUAUUGAAUAUUUUUAUCUGACAAGGUCAAGGAUUUCUUUGCAAAGUAUCCUGAAGCUGGGACUGGAGAGCGGUACCGGAAUUUGUCCCUCGAGAGCAUAGAGAGAAACAUUUAUUGGAUGAAGACCUACAGGCCUGUCAUUGGGGAUUAUCUGAAGAGAAAACUCUCUACGAUAUGAAUCUAUGAAUUAAUUAUCCAUACUUUUACUUAUAAUUCUUCCAUAUCAGGAUAGAACAAAAAUAAUUAAGCGUCAAAUGGAAUAUUAUGAUUUGUGAUUCUUGAAAAAAUAUAUUUAAAUAUCAAUUGUGUUCUCCCAUUUUACCUGUAAUAAAUAUUUGACAAAAUUUC